CGGCAAUCUGUCGCACGCGCCUUGCUUCUAAUCGUUGUUAGCCCACUCGACCUUCACAACUCGACAUACAUCAACUCUGCGUGCCUCCCAGGCUUUAUAAUCACGCGGCACCUGUUUGCAGGUCUACUCGACGGCGUCAUUUGAGCUUAGGCGUGGGAUCAACGCGACAUCACUGCUCCGCGACCCUCCCUGCGUCAUGUCGGAAUCACCUCGCACCCCUCUCAAGCCAACGUACACGAACAUGACAGUUGAUCCCAUUUAUGGGGAGGAAGAGUCUUUCGAAGUGGAAACACCGGACUUUCACUUCGAUUGGCUCGCGGCUGGUGGCCGAGAAGCGCCAAAGUCCGUGACGCCGCCGCCGUCAGCCAAGGCGUGGGAGAAGCCACCAUCUUACUUUGAUAAGGGCCCUCCCUCCCUCAUAUCGCGGGGCUCAUCUCCGGCGUGGUCCUCAACCUCUACCCCGCCCAGCGAUCAGCUCCCAUCCCGGCGACCUCCUCCUCCUCCAACUCACACCAUGGCCCAGCUUGACGAACACAUCCCCACGGUCGUUAAGGCGCAAUCGCGCAUCACCUCUGUCCCGCUGGCCAGCUCAUCCAGCCGCGCCGACGACCCCAUCCCCGCUUACAAGAGUCGUGAGGAGACAGAAAAGCGCUCCUUCGUCACUCCUGGCCUCACGCAGAGAACACUAGGCGUCUCCUCUGCACGCCGUACUAACAAACCUAUCUCGAACCUGUCACGCUUUGGCGGCCCAGCGCGUCGUCUUCGCGAGCCAGAGGAAGCGGAGACUGAGUUUGCUGAAGAAUCUCCCAUAUCAGCAGACGCCCCGAUGGACGUUUUAGCGCGUCGCGACUCGAUCGAGCAGAGUGACCGAGAAGCAGCCUACCGUGCCGACGAGUCGCCUCCCUCGCGGUAUCGGUCCCCUCCCUUGCGGGUAGAAGAUGAACAGACAGUCGCACAACACGAUGAUGAGCAUUCGAACUACGGGGACCGCGUAGUCCGCCGCGAUGAACGACCCCCCUCGCCGCCACCUAUGGCUGCACAUCCGGUACACCGCCCUCUGUACCGCAGGGAAGCUUCAGAUGAGCAACGCAAUGAGCCGCAAUGGACAAAUCAAGACGCGGGGCGCACCCCUCCCCUUCACCCAGCUGUCCCAAGCAGACCAGGGCCUCCGGCGGACCCUCAGGCCCCGUCUCGCAUGUUUCGUCCAGCGCCCGCGGCCCCCGUGGCAUUGGCCCGUUCGACUGCUCCACUAGAACAUGUCUCGCGUCCGGUACCCCCGCCCAGCGCACCCGUCGAGGAAGCAAAGCCACCCACAGUGACUCCAGCUCCUCAGACGAAGAGGGUAUUCUUAGUCAAUAACGAGGGAUACGACCGCCUUGGUAUUCUUGGCCGGGGUGGCUCAUCCAAAGUCUACUCCGUGUUGGGUCACGCGAAGCGCGUCGUGUAUGCACUGAAGCGCGUCGGACUGGAGCGCGCCGACGCCGAGACAUAUCAGAGUUACACGAACGAGAUCGAGUUACUCCGACGCUUGCGCGGACAUGACCGCAUUAUCCAACUCAUCGACCACCAAAUCACCUUCACCCCAAGUGGUCGACCUAAACUGCUGAUGAUGGUGAUGGAGUGUGGAGAAAUCGACUUUGCCGCUCUGCUCGACGAGCAGAGAUACAAACCACUAAAUAUGAGCUUCGUUGGACUGUACUGGCAGCAAAUGCUCGAGGCUGUUCAAGCUGUUCACGCUGAGAAUGUGGUCCACACCGACCUCAAGCCGGCAAACUUCGUCCUCGUCAAGGGCCGCUUGAAGAUCAUCGACUUUGGCAUCGCCAAGGCGAUCGCGAACGACACGGUCAACAUCCAGCGCGACCAGCAGAUUGGCACUGUAAACUACAUGUCCCCAGAAGCGAUUCAACGGAUGAACAAUCAGAAAGUGCUCAAGCUGUCCUAUCCCAGCGACGUGUGGUCACUCGGCUGCAUUCUCUACCAGAUGAUCUACGGCAACCCUCCAUUCCACGCUAUACCUGGCGGACCAUUAUCUAAGAUGAACAAGAUCGCCGAUCCCACACAUCGCAUCGAUUACCCUCCAACGGCGAUCUUCAACCCUCCCGGCAUGUCUGACCGCCCGCAUAUGCCCACAACUGUCUCGAUCCCGAUUGAAGCCAUUGCGACCAUGCGCGGAUGUCUGGACUACCAUAAGGACAGGCGUCUCACCAUUUCACAACUGCUCGACCAUGAGUUUCUCUCCCCUGCAAGUCCUACCCGCAACAGCAGUGCGACGAGGGUUGACGAUGGCGUGUUGACUCCAGGCAUUUCUGCUCCUCCCCCAGGCUCGACUUGGAUUACCAAGGACCAGAUGACCACUCUCGUCUCCUUUGUGCAUAAGUUACGGGAUCAGCACACGAAACCAGAGGAGGUUGCGGCCGACCUCUUCGAGCAGCUUGCCGCACGAAACGCUCUUGCAUCAUCAUCUUAGGCCCAUGGAACCAAAUGCACAUGCCAUGACCUUGUAUUAUUCAAUUAGCCUGUAACUAUGAAGGCGGGGUUUCAUCUCUGGACG